AAACCCUAAUAAAUAAAUAAAUAAAUAAAGGUCAUCAUUUUCUUUAACGUCCGAUAAUAUUCCAAUCCGAUCUCUUUCCCUAUCUCAUUCUCUCUUUAUCACUCUCAGGAAAAAAAAAGAAGGAAAAAGUUUCCACCGCCACCGCAGUCACCGCUGCCAUGGCUAGCCGAGGAGGAAGCAGAGACCGAGUUCGAAGAGAUUUUGUAUCUUCUACAUCAAAUUAUUCUCGAUUCGAAGACAGUAACAGUAGCAGUAACAAACGAAGCAGUAGUAAUCCACCAUCAAGGCAUCUAUGGGUCGGAAAUUUAUCUCACAGUAUAAUGGAAAACGACUUGACAGAUCAUUUUGUAAGGUUCGGUGAGCUUGAUAGUGUUGCUUUCCAGCCUGGGCGUAGCUACGCCUUUAUUAAUUUUAAAAAUGAUGACGAGGCUAUUGCCGCAUUGAAGGCACUUCAGGGUUUUCCUCUCGCCGGCAAUCCUCUUAGGAUUGAGUUUGCUAAGGCGGAUAAAUCAUCAGUGCCAUCACGUGAUGAAGAUUACUUGCAACGGCGAGAUGAACAACGCUCUGCAAUGAAAGGAUCCCCUUUCUCACAGAGAGACUCUAGAUUGCGCGCUGCUAGUCCUGAACCUUUUUAUGCUGACAAAUCCAAGGUAAGCGAUAAAAGUGCAGAACCCAGUGAGGUAUUAUGGAUAGGUUUUCCAGCCUUACUGAAAGUAGAUGAAAUGAUCUUAAGAAAGGCUUUUUCGCCAUUUGGUGACAUUGAAAAGAUCACUGUAUUUCCGGGUCGUAGUUAUGCUUUUGUUCGGUUUAGGAAUGUAAUGUCAGCAUGCAGGGCAAAAGAAACCCUUCAGGGAAAAUUGUUUGGGAAUCCUCGUGUACACAUUUGUUUUGCCAGGAAUGAAGGUGGCUCAUCAGGUAGUGGAAGGACCCCCCUCUCUCCACAUUUCAAGUCCAAUGGUCACCCUGGAGCCUCUGAGAACUUCCGACAGGAUAGGACUUUUGGAAACUUAACUUCGGAUUCCAGAUCUCCUUCUCUUAUAUCUAAUUUGGAUGCGGAUUCUGAUGUGUAUGGCUCUAAAAGAAAGAGCAUGCUGCAUCCUAGUGGAAGCAAUACAUUUGAUGAUUGGAGGUUUGGGGAAGAACUACGACCACCACCAGAUGUGUAUGAAUGCCAUGGCAGUCCAAGAGAAAGGGGCUCUCACUUUGAUGAAUUUUCCCUAAAACUUCCUCAGAAGGCUUCAUUAUAUGAAGAACCGUGGGACUUGCCGGAAGAGUCCUAUCUCUUCCAUGGAGCCAAGAAACUGAAGACUGGCUCCUUUCUUCCUGACAAAGAGCUUCCGGAGUAUCCUUUCUCAGACCUAGAACAGGAAAAACAUGCUUUUCCAAGAGCCUUUUCUGAAUUUCCCCAACCUGAGGUCUUUGACAAAAACUAUGGAUAUAAACCAAACUCUGAUCGCCCUACUCUUCCUCAUGGAGAAAGGACUGACCACUGGAAAGCAUCUUAUGACAACUUCCAGCCUGUCUCUGCUACUGUGCUUUCAAAUCCUGGUGUGAGGAAAAGAUUCAGUCCUGAGCCAGAACCAUCCUCGUUAAGGUUGUGGAAAUGGGAAGGAACUAUCGCAAAGGGUGGAACUCCUGUCUGUCAUGCUCGUGGCUUUCCUGUAGGAAAAGCCCUGGACAUCAUGUUGCCCGAAUUUCUCGACUGCACUGCAAGAACUGGUCUGGACAUGCUUGCAAAGCACUACUAUCAAGCAGCUUCUGCAUGGGUUGUUUUCUUUGCCCCUGCUAGCGAUGCUGACAUUGGGUAUUACAAUGAAUUCAUGCAUUAUCUCGGUGAGAAGCAGCGUGCUGCAGUGGCUAAAUUGGAUGAUAAGACCACCUUGUUUCUUGUACCCCCAUCUGAUUUCUCAGAGAAAGUAUUGAGAGUACCUGGGAAACUCUGUAUUUCUGGUGUGGUUCUGAGGUUGGAGCUUCCUGGUCCGAAUCUUGGUCCCAUUCACCAUCCAAAUGAAAGGAGGGAUACAAAUUUAUUGUCCUUCCAUGGAGAUGCACCACCCACACCUUCAGGUCAUUUUCCUUCAAUGCAGUCUCUUACAGAAUUGGGCAGAUCUGUAGGCGAUCCAUCUCUUUUGAGGGAUGUAGCUACAUCAGGUACCCCUGCAGCAUUUUCAGGUUCAUCCCAUGCAGUUGGAAGGAUAUCCGAUUCUUACAAUGAGAGCAGGCAUGAUUAUCCAAUUCAACAGCGGAACCCCAUGCAUGGACCCAAUUGGUCUCCUCACCACCCACAGAUUUCUGGUAAUAGAAAUACACCAUCACAAGGAUACAAUACUGCAAUUGAUCCUGUUUCACAGGAGCAUCAUUCGGCCAUACCAAGGGCAGUCCAAGAAGAUGCCUUAGCUCAUUAUACAAGUGGCAUGUCAAGUAACACAUUAUCUGGAAACAGGCAAUCGUCUCUUCAGGAAAACAAACCUUCAAUUCCUUCAUCUUUGCCUAUAGCUGGCCUGCAACCACAACAACUUGCACAGUUAGCAUCAUCUCUUCUCGGGCAGCAGAGACAACCAGGGAGCAAUCCAAAUGUAUCUAUGGGGGAAGAUAUUCGGCAAACAAACACAAUGAAUCCGCCAGAGAACCAGGUUAGAACAGCACAGGCACAUGGUUUUCAGAAUAGUCGCAUGGUUUCUGAUAUUUCAACAUCUCAGUUUGGUCAACCACUAAAAUUCCAGCAACAGCAGCACCAAGCUUCUAAUGUGCCUAAACCAGUGCCAACCGCAGUCCAAAGAGAGGUUCAGUCAGUGAGUUCUCAGAUGCAAAAUACCAGUGCACAAGAAGAAGCGGACGGAGAUCCACAAAAACGCCUGCAAGCAACACUACAGCUAGCAGCAGCUCUUCUUCAGCAGAUUCAACAAGGAAAAGGAACUUAACUCGUUUCAUUCAUUGCCAUGUGGGUGGAGUGAGCAGCUUCCUGAAGAGAAUGGCUCAGAAUACCCAGCAAGUAGUUCUAUGAAUUAAACGAGCACUGUUACACUUCAUCAGUGGGGAUUCCCUGAGCAGCAGGUGCUGUACUGACUUAUUUGCUGCAUCUUAUGCAGAGAUGUGGUUCUUGUGUAGUAUUUUCCUUUGACUUCAUUUAAGGAAUGAGAUCUAUCUAGUCUUUUAUCAGGAGUCCUGGAAAAUUGAAGCUACUAUGCUCCUUGUGCACUGUGCCUCCUCGCACCGUGAGCUUUCACUCUCUGUUUUAGUUUCACCCUAAAGUUCGUUAGAUUUCAUAAUUAGAAUUUUGUCAAAUAGAACUACAGUUGUCCUAAGUUUCAAAGUGCACAUUAAAAUAAUCCUCAGGGUCCUGUGGAUGGAUUCAAUUUUGGGCUUUAAGAAUCUAUAAUAUUAUAUAUUAUAGAGUUGACAA